ACUGUGCUGUGUGGGCUUCUAAAUUCUUCCAGCCUCCACGUUUUCCAGUCCAUUCUAAGAUUUCUACAGCACAUAAAUGGACCCCCCUCCGUGAAUUUUGAUGCGUUUCGGGUUUAAUCCCAGCACGAUGAUGACGAUGAGCUGUAACGCGUGUGUGUCGGGUGACCUGGACGCGUUCGAGGGUGUUCCGGACACGGACACGGUGAAGCUCCUGGAGGCCCAUCGGCCCAUUAAGAUGGGGAUCAUCCUGGUCCUGGGGGCGAUGAUCACGCUGGGGAACGUGGCCGUGGUGUCGGUGAUCUGCUCCGCGGUCCCGGGAUGGUCUCGGAACUCGCGGUACUUGCUGCUGUCGCUGACCGGCGCGGACUCGGCGUUCGGUUUGGUCGUCAUGCCGCUGAACCUGUGCGUGAGCCUGCUGAAGGACUACAGCGACGAGCCCGACCCGUUCUGUCACGUGGUGGCGUUCUUCAACGCCACCGUCUACUCCACGUGCAUGUACACGCUGGCCAGCAUCAGCCUCGAGCGCUACGUGGCCGUGUUCUACCCGCUGCAGUACUCCUGCAUGCUGACCCGCAGGCGCGCGCUCGCCCUCAUCGCCUUCGCCUGGGUCUUCCCGCCGGUGCUCCUGGUGCCCAUCACGUGCCCGGCGGGCAUCAUAGACGUGCACUUCUCCACCGCGUCCCUGGUGUGCAACCCGUCCUAUUCCAGCAACGUCACGUACUCCCUCACCCUCACCGCCUUCAUCUUCUUCCCCUGCUCGGCCCUCAUGACCUUCUGUAACCUCCGGCUGUGGGUCGCCGCCCGCACGCAGCGCAGGAAGCUCAGGAGACACCACGUGUCCGGGCGCUGGACCAGACCCAACGUGGCUUCGCGCGUUCUCGUACCCGUCAUGACCGCCUACUUCACGUGCUGGACCCCCUGCAUGGUCACCAUGAUCUACACCGCGAUCUCCGGCAGCGACGUCCCAGAGUGGGUGGAAUUUGUGGCCGUGUGGCUACCGACCUCCAACGGCUUCCUCAAUUGCAUCUUUUACUUCUGGAUUAACCAGAGCUUCAGGAGGAAAUUCCACUUGGUUCUGCAGAGACUGUGUUUCAGACACGGCCCCGACGCCAAACCCGUACACGACUCUGUGAUCGCCGUGUUAAACAACAACACUGUGCACGAGAGGUCUUCCAGCGUGUCGUCCACGUGCACUUUGCUCACGGCCGCUGUCGAGAGCUACAACUGACAGCUGGGAAGCAAGUGGACAUCAUCCAGAGCUAUAAACUCCUUUCUCUGACGUGUGGGUUAAUGAUGCAAGUGUUAAUGAUGCACCUGUGGAUCACUGGUAUGGUUCAUUUUCAACCUCACACAGACUUUUAGCUUGUGGGCAAAUUGAGCCUUUUUUUUUACAUUCACUGCACUUCUGCGCUUCAAAUCUGGGUUGGGUUUUCCUUCUUAUUCUUCUUAUUUUUCUUUUAUGUUCUACACCUUCCUCUUUGUCUUCAUGAUCACAUCAGCAGCAAGGACUCCUUCCUAUUUUGUAAAAAUUCUUUUUACAUUUAUUUUCCUACAAUAGUAACGCAUACUGACUUGAAUAAAUGCCACCAAAAUAAUUUUCCCCUCAUUUUAAUGUUCACUCGACUGCAUAAUGAAAGUUGUGUUCUGUCAGAUUUUAUCGAUAUGUCAACAGCCGGCAGUACAAAAAGGUUAACCUUUAUACAAAAGGAAAGUAAUUAGGCACUUAACGUCAUAUAAAGGUCAGCGCAGCUAUGUCUGUUGGAAAAUCAGCACUUUUUCUUUUUUUUUUUUUUUUUUGCUCUUUUCCCAGAUGGAGGUCCAUGCACCCUUUGUCUGCUCUUCUGUUUUAUAGCCUCAGUUUAAUUUAAUCCAAUUGAUUGUUGUAUGGAAUGUAAAGGGUAAAGAUAUUUUCUGACACUUUCUUGUAUACACUCGUAUCUUGUCUAUGUUUUAAAAAAAAUACUUUUGUCAGCAGCUUGUGAUGCCUUUUUUUGGUGUUUGUUGAAGAAAGACGAGAGGCCGGGUAAUGUCUCUGUAUUUAAGCAAUAAUUCAGAAAAUAAAAAAAAAAGGUUUGUAAAGUAUUUUUGUAAAUAACCAAUUUUAGUGUUUAAAUGUUUGUGCUGUAAAAUAAAGCUGUAAAGCCCUUGUAUUAGA